CUCGAAUCGUAUACCCGUCGAUCUGGCCUAAUCGAUUUACGGCGCCGAUACUUCGCCGCGAGUGAUACUUUACUUACCUCUAGUGAUCGUGAAGUGACACGAAAGUGAUUUGUGAACAAUUGCAAGGAUAUCGGGAGCAAAUCUGGAGCGACACAUUAUCAACGGGAGAAGAGGCGUGUGUGAUGCAGCGAUGGCAGCGUUCUCGGUGAGGGUGGCGGUGCUCUGCGCAUGCGCACUGCUCCUGCAAAAUGCAAGCGCUGAGCUGAAAGGGAGAUGUCCAGCUGAAGAGAGUUCGUGUCCAGCGCGAGCGGCACCUUGCAGCUCCGAUGAUGAGUGUGGCGAACAAGUGUGCUGCUCAACCAAUUGUGGACGAACUUGUGUUGAUCCGCUAUUUACUGGCUGUGAGAACGUAAAGCUAUCGACGGAGCGGAUUUCCAGAGCUUUGGCUGCUGAGAACGGCCGCGGUGGCAGGGGCCUGGCGCCUUCUCUCCGGACUCCACGUUGCAGGGUCAGCGACGGAGAAUUCGAGGAGAUCCAGUGCGAUAACGAGAUCGUCAGCUCGUGCUGGUGUGUCGAUGCCGCUGGAUUUGAGGUACCCGGUACUAGAGCGCCGGCAGCUGGUCUGGUGAAUUGCACGAGGUCGGCUCCAUGUGCUGCUCACACUUGCCGGAUGCUGUGCCCGCUGGGCUUCGAGCUCGACUCUCGAGGGUGUCCGCUCUGUAAAUGCCGAGAUCCGUGUGCAUCCAUCACUUGUCCUGGGCAAUUGUCUUGCCAGCUUGAGGAAACUCCUUGCUUAAGACCGCCGUGUCCACCAGUGCCUACAUGUAAACGUGGAAGGAGUCUGCAAAAUAUAUGUCCUGUCGGCGAACCCUUAUUAAUCUCAGAAACAAGUCGACCAUUCCUCUGUGGUACUGAUCCGGGAAAACCAAACUGUCCACCUCUGUAUAGAUGUCUUGUCGAAUCAGGAAACGACUACGGAGUUUGUUGCCCAGCAUCUUUAGAGCUGCAAAAGGCCGGCACUUGUCCGGAGCCGGCCACGAAGGAUCUCGACUGUAGCACACCUUGCAGCCACGACUUAGAAUGUCCUUCCAUGCAAAAGUGCUGUGACGGCGGGGAGUGUGGCAGGCACUGCGUCCUUCCGCACAACGUCACUAUGUGCACGCAGCAGAAGAUGCUCGCAGAGCUGUUGGUCGUUAGUGAGAGAGAAGGAAAGGGCUACGUGCCGCAAUGUGCAGCUGAUGGCUCAUUCGAAUCUCGGCAGUGCUCUAGGAACGGAUUAGUUUGUUGGUGCGUUGAUACGGAUGGAAAUAAGCUACGAGGUUCCAUGGGACCAUCAGCUACGGUUCAUUGUUCUCCAACUCCGCUGUCAGCCAGGAGCGGUGCUCGUAGCCUCAGCUCUUGUGCACGGUCUCUGUGCGCUGGUAUAUGUGAAUACGGGUACAGGACGGGUCCUGAUGGGUGUCCGUCAUGCGAGUGCGAUGACCCGUGCGCUGGUUUCCCUUGCGCUGACGGAGAAGAGUGCGUACGAGUUAAAGACUCUGAGUGCUCUGGUGAAUUCUGCACUGGAUAUCCUGUAUGUCGGCUAAAAGUAUCGUACGAGAAUCCUUGUGAGCUCGGAGCUCCUGCUACGGACGACGAUGGCUCUGUGAUCAGAUGUGGAGCCGAUGGAGACUGUCCGUCAUCCCACAACUGCAUCCGUACCAGACGUAGUGGAAACGCGCUCUGUUGCCCCGACCCGGUUUAUCUAAACUCAACCGAUGCUGAUCUUAUGGAGAUAAGCUACGAAUCGUGUGGCUCUGAGGCUGAAGCUCUCUGCGGCUUGAACUCCACCAUGAGCUGUCCUGAAGGCGACUGUGACAACGACUUAGUGUGUUGUUCUACAGCGUCCUGUGGACCAGUCUGUGUUGAUCCCGCUAAGAUGCGACUCCAAGCUGAUCGGGUCGAUGACACUCCUACAAUGUGCGAAUACCUGAGAGACUUUGACGAGAAAAUGGAAGGAACAGUGGACGGCAUGAAGCUGGCUCUACCGGCACCGACCUGCCAACAGGACGGUUCCUUCACAUCGCAGCAGUGCGCCAACGGUAGAUGUUGGUGUGUCGAUUCGUUUGGCACUGAGAUACCUGAGACCAGUACCCAUAACGCAUCUUCAGUGGAUUGUGAUAAAGUUCGCGAAGAGCUAUCAUGCUUGGAGUUGACCUGCCGCAUGGGUUGCGACUAUGGCUUCGAGCUCGGAGCCGGUCGUUGUCCGACUUGUAAAUGCCGGGAUCCUUGUUCAGGAGUGACGUGUCCGGCCGGUAGAGCCUGUGCCACAGUCGACGUCGCUUGUGACGCAGAUUAUUGUCCUCCCGUACCUGCAUGUUUGCCAAAGAAAUCCGGUCAGUGUCCAUACUUAGUGCCUCAGAGCGGAGCGUGUGAGUGGUCGUGUCGGAGCGACGCCGAGUGCUCCGGGGGGGAGAGGUGCUGCGCCACCGGAUGUGGGACUGCUUGUACGCAGCCCGUCCACCAGACAGCUUGCCAACAGAGAAGAGCUCUAGCGCUUCAUACGGCCGCUGAAAGCGGAAACCCUCCCGCUUGGGCCUGGGUCCCGCAGUGUACGGAGGACGGUGCUUACCAAGAAGUUCAGUGCAGAAGAUCUGACAAGACAUGCUGGUGUGUCGAUACUGCUGGUAACGAGAUCCCCGGUACAAGAACUAGCAACUCCACACCGACUUGUGCCUCUCCAAUCGAAUGUCCGGAAACGAAUUGCAAUGACAUUAUCGCCUGUGCUCAUGGACAAGAGCUGGACCGCAGAGGCUGUCCCACUUGUGAAUGUAGGGACCCCUGCGCCGAAGCCAAGUGCAAACCUGAUGAAUCUUGCGAAUUAGUGCCUUUGGAUUGCGAGGGUGCAGUGUGUCCGCCGUUGGCUCGGUGCGCGCCGUCCCUGCGGUGCCCCGACAGCACCACGCCGCUUGGAGCGCCGGACGGUUCAGGAUCAUUGAUAUGCGGACCUAACGCUGCGGCCUGUCCUUCCACACACGCUUGCAGAUUCGCCCCGCACGACUCUGGACCGAAUGUUUGCUGCCCCAAGCCUCGUACCGUCUGCUUCGAGAGCAAAGACGAGGGUAAUUGCACGGAGGGACAAGUGUUGAACACGACAAGAUGGCACUUCAAUCACGAGCGGAACAGAUGCGAGAGGUUCCGCUACCACGGAUGCAGCGGAAACCACAACAAUUUCAGGACCAAGGACGAAUGCAACGCCGUAUGUCCCGUCGAAGGACAAUCCUCAAAAAUAACGAAAGUUCAGAAACCGACGGAAGACGCCGGACAAGUACUUAGUCCAUGCGAAAGACUGCGAGAGAAAAACGAAGCGGCGGCACUGAAGUACGGAAAGGGCACCUUCAUACCGGUUUGUGACGCCAGUGGCGCUUGGGAACCAGUACAGUGCAUGUCGCAUAUCGAUGUGUGUUGGUGCGUGAGCGCCCGCGGUGAGCCAUUAAAAGGCUCUCUGGUACGAGGAUCCAAGCCUUCCUGCAACUUCCGGCAGGCUCGUAAAUGGAUACAAAAAGACCCUUUCGAUGAGAAAGCCAAAGCUGAUGAAGUUCUAGAAGAGCUUAUAAGACAAAUGACCGCUUAUCGAGUUGAUGAAUUUGAAGAAGACGAUGAAGAUUUAGAUGAAGACUUAGCAGAAGCGAGGAGCACAGCGGAUUUUGCCGACAAAGAAGCACAAAACGAAGAAGCCAUACUCGUAUCUGAAUUUGUUGAGCCCAAACAGGCUUUAACGACCAGGAAAAUGGAUAGGCCACUAGUACUGGAGGAAAAGAUUUCGUUUAAAACGAAAUGUCAGAUGUUACAAGCAGAGAUCGAUAAUGGAUCGGAAGGGUAUCGUCCCCGUUGCCUGUCGGACGGCUCGUUUUCUCCGCGCCAGUGUGUCCGCGGCAGGUGUUGGUGCGUGGACGCCGCCGGAGAGAGGAGACACCACUCCGGUCCAGUGCCUGACCUUCCCGCCCCUGAUCCUUGUGAAAGAACACAAAUAGAAUCCGCUAAGCUCGAACUGAAGCUGAUAGGCGUUGACGAUUCAGUAGCUCAGCGCUCGUCGGGUGUACUGGCUGUGAAGUUGGCCGCGCUCGGCGCCCGCGUGCCCGUCUCCGUCACCAAGGACAGGGGGGCGACCCGGCUACGCGUGUCCCUGUAUGGACCCAAGUCUGUCGACCGAGUCUAUUAUAUCGAGAACCUGGUUCAACAAGAAAAGCUAUCCAAUAGCGAUUCUGAAGAUUCACUGAGAGCGGACGUUGUCAGUGCGGAGUACACAUUAUCCUUGCCGACACCCGCCUUACAACAAAGAGAAAUACUUAGUGAAUCUACUGUGUCAGCGGCAACAUCGUAUCACACAGCACUAAUAGUCCUCGCAGCAACCUCGGCGUUCAUCAUCAGCAUCCUCUGUGUACUCGUGAUGUUAUACCGAGCGAGACUACAGAGAGAGCCUCAUAAAGCCGAGAGAUUCCUUCCACCAGCUCCGCCAGUAUAUGUGCUCUCCGCUGACGAGAAAGCUGAACUUGCGAGGGUCUUGCACGCUCCACCACCCCCGAUCCCGCCACAGAGUGACGAUUCGAAAGUAUAAUGAAACAAGCGAAAUAUUUGCGUGAAUUAGAAACUGUUAAAAAAACAGGUGUGCGAUUUUUAUUUCGUAAAUAAAAAAAUAGUGCGCGUGCAACUUGGUGCAUGUGAAAUAAGUGAAACUUCCUUAUGCGGUGUGUAGUA